AUGCAUCAUUUGCCUGAUGCCAGUCCGAGACCUGCUAGUGAGUCUGAUGAGGGACUGGAGGAGUUGCCGACUUCACCGAUCGAUUCGAAAGGUAUGAGUCUUCUGUCGUUGGAGAUUUUCGUGGCGCGUGACGGUGAUGGCUCGGCUGAGAAGAGGCUCCUACACACAGGGGGGAGGCCCCUUCGGAUGGGGUUGAGGAGAGUCGUGGAUGACUCGACUGAGGGAGGGUGGAGCGAUGAAGAGCAGACGGCGGUGUUGGAGAUUGAGAUCGAGGUUAUGGAGACUACCCCGCCUCCCGCUCGGUCAUUAUCGGCGGCGGAAAGGGCGAGAGCGUUCUGGUGA